AUGCUGGGGCUGGGUGUGGAGCAGAUGGGGGAUCCAGCAGUGGAUGGGGGGCACACCGGCCCCCCACACCUGGUGUGGCCAAGGUUCGUCAGUGCUUGCGAGGGGAAGGAGCUGCCACCGGCGGAAGGGGAGCUGUGCCCACAGCUCUGGGAUGAGGACCUGGUUGGGGACAAGUAUGAGAAUGUGACAGGUUUUAACCUGGUGAAGAGGUUCGAGCUGCUGAAGAUCUCCUCCAUCAAGAAGAUCCGCAACCCCAGGGGGCCAGCAGUGCUGAGGCUGGGGGCUGUGCCACUGGUCCAGCCCACGCCGCAGGUGUUUCCCCGGGGGCUCCCCCCUGCCUUCACCCUCGUCUUCACUUUGCUGCUGAAGAAGAACAGCACCGGGGAGCACUGGUACCUCUUCCAGGUCACCGACCGGCAGGGCUACCCCCAGCUCUCCCUGGCUGUGCACGGCCCUGAGAAGAGCCUGGAGUUCCAGGCCAGGGCACGGGGGGCCACGUUUGUCAGCGCUGUCUUCGCGGGGAAGGCGGUCGCGUCCCUCUUCGACGGGCGCUGGCACAAGGUGGUGGUGGCCCCACUGGCAGCCCGGCGGGCACUGGCCCCCGAGGGCAAUGCCUUCCUGGGGCUGGACGCCGUGCGUGGCACCCCGGUCCGGUUUGACAUCCAGCAAGCUCAGAUCUACUGUGAUGCUGAACUAGCCAGGCAGGAGGAGUGCUGUGAGAUCUCGGCCAGUGGGUGCCUUGUGGAAGUGCCCAAGACCCGUCGGCAAGCGGAGCUGAUGCAGAGCAGCAACCUCAUCGAGAUCUCCCCGCAGCCCGAGGGCCGCGUCUACACCCGCUGCUUCUGCCUGGAGGAGCCGCUGGGCACGGAGCCAGUGAGGAAUCCAGGGAGAACCAGCCCAAAGAGCGAUCAUGGGGAGAAGGGUGGGAAGGGGGAGCGGGGCCUGCCCGGCACUGCUGGCAGCAAGGGGGAGAAAGGCGAGCGUGGUGCUGACUGUGUGCGCUCCCACCCUGGUGCUCCUGUGCAGUGUGCCGAGGGGCCGCGGGGCGAGAAGGGGCAGCGUGGAGAGGGGGGCCAGAAGGGUGAGAAGGGUGACGGGGGAGUGCAGGGGAAGCCGGGGCGCCCAGGGAGAGAUGGUCGGCCUGGAGAGAUUUGUGUGGUGGGGUCCAAGGGGCAGAAGGGAUGUGGGUGCUUGAGGGGUGACCCUGGCCUCGUGGGACCUGAGGGGCUGGCUGGUGAGCCGGGACCCCCAGGGAAGCCAGGUUCUCCAGGGAUUGGCAUUCCAGGGAAGCCGGGUGACCCUGGUGGCCCCCCGGGUCCGAAGGGAGAAAAGGGACCCCCCGGUGUCCUGGGGCCCAAAGGAGAGAAGGGUGAGCCGUGUGAGGUGUGUCCCACCGUCUCAGAGGGGGUGCCGGGGGCCGCCGGGCUGCCCGGGAAGCCAGGACCAAGGGGAGCACCCGCUCCUGCAUUUCCUUCCCAGGGAGAUCCUGGCAUCCAGGGCAUGAAAGGGGAAAAGGGCAAUGCAGGGGUCCCCUCACUGGCUGGCAUCAAAGGUGAGAAGGGGGAUGGUGGCCAGGAGGGACCCAUGGGCAGACCGGGUGAGCCAGGACCGCGGGGGAUCGGGCAGCCGGGACCACAGGGAGAGCCUGGGAGCACCGGACCCCCCGGGAUCCCCGGCCCCCCCGGACCCCAGGGACCCCCAGGGAUGGCAGCAGAGAAAGGUGCUAAGGGAUCUCCGGGACCCAAAGGACUGUGGACUGGGAUGUCCUGGCAGCCAGGCCCACAGGGUCCCCCUGGAGCUCCCGGCCCCCCCGGCCCCCCCGGCGCCCCAGGCCGCCAGGGGAUGCCAGGACACAACGGCUUACCCGGCCUGCCCGGACCAGCUGGAGACCUGGUGGGUAGUGGCUGUGCCCGUGGCAGCAUCUCCAUGGGGCCACUGGCUGUCAUGGCCGAGAGGAACAUCGAGGUGCUGAAGACCCUGUGCGGGGACUGCACGCAGCUGCAGGCAGCCUUCACAGCACCCAGCAGCACUGAGGGGGAGAAGGGGGAUGGGGGCAUGCCAGGUGCCCCUGGCACUGAGGCCUGUGCUCAGUGCUUUGCCCAGUUCCCAAGAGCAGAGGAGGCUCGGGGUGACAAUCCUGACCCAGACUGCGCGGGACACCCCGGGCUGCCGGGCGCCCCGGGCAUCCCUGGUGAGAGGGGCGAGCAGGGCUCUCCAGGACUGCGGGGACCCCCGGGACCACCCGGGCCCAUUGGCCCCCCAGGCUUUCCUGGAACGCCUGGCGCACCCGGACUGCCCGGUCUGCAGGGGGAACGUGGCCCCACUGGGCUUGCUGGAGCCAAAGGGGAGCCGGGUCCUCCAGGGCAGCCCGGAUACCCCGGUGCAACCGGCCCCCCCGGCCUUCCUGGCAUGAAAGGUGAUCGAGGCUACGUGGGCCCCCCCGGGGAGAAGGGGGAACUGGGACCCCCUGGCUUGGACGGUCCCCCCGGUCCCAUAGGGCCAGUGGGACCAAGGGGUGAGCGAGGGCUCCCGGGCAGCGCGGGCGAGAAGGGGGACCAGGUGAGUGUCCCCAGGGGGACAGGGAUCCCCGGGACCCCCCCCACUGGGCAGGAUGGACCACCUGGCUUCCCAGGGAAGGUCGGUCCUGCUGGGCCACCCGGGCCCAUGGCUGAGAAGGGCAGUGAGGGCAUGCGUGGCCCCACGGGGAUGCCAGGGCCCCCUGGACCACCUGGACCUCCUGGCAUCCAGGGUCCUGCUGGCUUGGAAGGACUGGAUGGCAAGGAUGGCAAGCCAGGGCUGCGGGGUGACCCUGGGCCCCCUGGACCACCGGGAAUGAUGGGUCCUCCAGGCUUCAAGGGGAAGACAGGGCACCCAGGUCUGCCGGGACCAAAGGGUGACUGUGGCAAACCUGGCCCCCCAGGGAUCACAGGCCGGCCAGGAGCGGAGGGUGACCCUGGACCCAUGGGACCCCAAGGCCGCCAGGGACCCCCAGGGCUCAUCGGCCCCCCAGGCAGCCCGGGGCAGCCGGGUCCUGCUGGUCUGGCUGGUGGGCUGAAGGGUGAGAGGGGCUCAGCAGGGGAGCGAGGUCUGCCAGGGAUGCCAGGACAGCCGGGACCUCCCGGGCACCCGGGACCACCGGGGGAGCAGGGAGCAGAUGGACCUGUUGGUAAAGAGGGACCCCCAGGAAAACCCGGUACCGUGGGACCAGCUGGCCAGAAGGGUGAAGCUGGUUCCCCCGGCGAGAGGGGCUACCCCGGCGAGAAGGGCAGAGCCGGGAUGCCCGGGGGGCCGGGGAAGAGACCCGGUUUAUUGCCCCCCGCAGGUGGUGCCCCCCCCGGCGUGGACCCCGAGGCCCUGUCCUGGUUCCAGGCGGUGGACACCGAUGGCAGCGGGUUCAUCUCUGUCAACGAGCUGAAGCAGGCGCUGGUCAACUCCAACUGGUCCACGUUCAACGACCAGACCUGCCUGCUGAUGAUCAACAUGUUUGAUAGGACCAGGUCAGGCCGCAUCGACGUGUACGGCUUCUCAGCCCUGCUGCACUUCAUCCAGCAGUGGAGGAACCUCUUUCAGCAGUAUGACAGAGACCAGUCAGGCUCUAUCAGCUUCAGUGAGCUCCAGCAAGCUUUCUCCCAGAUGGGCUAUAACCUGAGCCCCCAGUUCAGCCAGCUGCUGCUGUCCCGCUACGCCCAGCGCUCCCCCAGCCCCAGCAUCCAGCUGGACCACUUCAUCCAGAUGUGCAUGCAGCUGCAGAGCAGCACCGACGCCUUCCGCGAGAAGGACACGGCGCUGGCGGGCAGCGUCCGGCUGAGCUACGAGGACUUCCUCACCAUGGUGGUGACCCGCAUGCUGUGA